AUGUUCAAAUUCUUCAACUCGUUCAUGUUCAACUUCGAGCUGACCCGGCUGCUGGGCAGCAUGCCGGCGGGCGGCUGCGACGCGUGCGAAUUCCUGACGGCGGUGGGCAAGAUCAAGAAGCACGACCCCGAGUCGUGGCACGACGCGUGGAAGGAGCAGGCGGAGAGGGCCGAGGCCAUCGCCGACGAGGCCGCGGGGCACGGCCUGCGGGCGCUGGCCAAGAACGCAUACCUUCGGGCGUCCAACUACUACCGGGCGGCUUCGUACCUGUUCCCCAACAACGACCCGCGCGUGGUGCCCCUGUCGGAGAGGUCGGUGGCGGCCUUUGUGCGCGCGACGACCUUGAUGGACGGGGCGGUCCUGUUGGUGGAAAUCCCCUACGAGAACGAAGUCAAGAUGCCCGGGUACCUGUAUCUCCCGCCCAGGGAGGCACGGCUUCCCGGCAAGAUACCGGUCCUGCUGUACCUUGGCGGAGCCGAUUCGACCAAGGAGGAGCUGCACUUCCUGUUCGGUCAUUCCGGGCCGCAGCUUGGCUACGCGGUGCUCUGCCUCGAAGGGCCCGGCCAGGGCUUGCUGCUCAAGAGAUGGGGAAUCCCCCUUCGGCCCGACUUCGAGGUGUGUGCAGGCAAGGCGCUGGGCUUCCUCGAGGAUCUGUCUCGGUCCAGGCCCGAGCUGCAGCUGGACCUGGACAGGAUUGCCGUUGCGGGGGCAGCGACCGGGGGGUACUUUGCCCUCCGCGCCGCCACCGACCCCCGCAUCAAGGCGUGCGUGUCGAUCGACCCCUUCUUCAGCAUGUGGGAACUAGCCACGACCCGCGUGCCGCAGCCCUACCUCAAGCUGUGGGAGAGCGGUUGGAUCACGGACAGCUUCUUUAAUUGGACCGCGCGUCUGGGCGCCAGGAUGAGCUUCCUGACCCGGUGGGAGCAGGCCCUGGGCCUCAACAGCAUGGGCGUCGAUUCGCCCGCUGCCAUGAUGCGGCGCUUCAAGGACUUCUCCCUCGACAAGGGCAAGGUGUUGGAACGCAUCACGUGUCCCGUGCUUCUCACGGGUCCCGCCGCCGGCCGUGAGAUGUACUCUUCGGCUGAGGAUGGGGCCAUCAAGAUCCAGAGAUUGCUCACCAUGGUAGCCGAGUGCAACAAGGAACUCUGGGUCCCGACGCACGAAGCAGAUGGAGGCUUGACGGCCAAGAUUGGCGCGUGGCCGCUGUUGGCGCAGCGGAGUUUCCAGUUUCUCGACAAACAUUUCAACGUUGAUCGGAAGAAGGAUUCGCUGGAAAGGAAGUAA